UUUGCAAGUAAAAUUUAUAGCUAUUUUUAGCCACCAUAGUUAAAAAUUGUAGGGAUGUUCUUUUUCUUAGUUGGUCAGAAGAAAGUAUAUUGAUUAAAAUUAAAAGGUAGUUUAUUUUUAAGUCUUAGAUGUCUUCCUUGAAGUGUUGUUCGUAUAACAAAAUCCUUGAAUGUGUAGUGGCGGUUUAAGAAAAAUUUGACGAAGUAUGUGUACAGCUGACGAGCAGCAAUUCUGUUUAAGAUGGAACAACUUUCAAGCAAAUAUCACCUCACAAUUUGAAACUCUUCGCGAUGAUGAAGAUUUUACAGACGUUACUAUUGCCUGCGAGGGUCAACGACUUCAGGCACACAAAAUUGUUUUAUCUGCAUGUAGUCCGUUUUUCAAGGAACUUUUUAAGAGUAAUCCCUGUCCUCACCCCAUAAUUUUUAUGAGAGACGUGGAAGCUCAGCACAUAGUUGCUUUGAUGGAAUUUAUGUAUGCUGGUGAAGUAAACGUAGCUCAAGCACAACUUUCAGCAUUUCUUAAAACAGCUGAGUCACUUAAAAUUCGAGGGCUCACUGAUACUUCUUCAAAUUUAGACUGUACAAAAGAAGAGAAUGGUUUAUUUCUUAAUCCCCAGCCAUCAUCUUCUAAGACACUGUUGCAUUCAAAUAAUAAGCAAGUGUCAACAACUAAAACACAAGAAUCCUCAAGUAGUACUGUAACUUCUAGUCAAGAUUUUAAUUUUUCUUUAAGUCCUAACAGAUCUCCAACUAGUAAACGACUUUGUAAAAAUGAUAGGGCCUAUAUUAAUUCACCAAUCAUUAGAGACCUGCCAAAGGAUGACAGUAUCAAUGUAAAUCCAUUUGCAUUACAAAAUGAUAUUAGGAAUUAUAUGUCCUUUGAGGCUUUUGAGCCCAAGGUUGAAAUGCCAGAUUAUUUAAGUGAUGAUGAAACCAAAGAAGGAAAAAAUAGAAACUGUGCUUUGACUGAUAUGGCAGAUUUGCCAGCUGGAAUGGAAAUUAUUCCUCAGAACUGUAGUUUUUCACCAAAAGGAAAUAUUUCGGGUAUUUCCCAAGGCACAGACAAUCGCAAACUUCACUCGCUAGAUCCCAGGCCGUGUUCCGAAUGCGGACGAGUUUACAGCAACCUAUCCAAUUUACGACAGCACAUGAAACUGAUACAUUUUCCGACAUAUGUCGAAUGUCACGUGUGCCGAAAAACAUUCAAAACGGACUUGUAUCUUAGAAGGCACAUGAUUAGUGCUCACGAAAUGACCUCCGCCAAUCGAAACAUUGUCCAAAACGCGUUCGGAACGAACGAAUUCCAGCCUGAUAACAACAAAUCUGUACUUAAUAAUCAUAAUUUUGUUUUAAGUAAUAAUAGUAAUACUAAUAAUAAUAAUAACAGUAAUGGUACUGUCAGGAGCGAAGAGACCAACCCAAAUUCUUUUUUGAAUAAUUUCAACAAUUCCUGUGAAUAUCAGUAUUAUAACGUUGGUGAUGACAAAAACAUGUAAUAAGACGUUUUUCAAAUGUGAUUCCUAAAUUAAUUAAUAUUUUUUUGCUAUAUUUUAUACAAUUAUUCACAUUUUAUUUCGUAAUCUAAGUUCAAGACAUUUCAAGACUGUUCUAUAUACAUAAUGAUAGUAUUAAUUUACCAGGUAUUGACGGAAAUUUUGUGCAAUUUAUACCUAUUUUUUUGUUAAUAAAAUAAUCAAAUUUUAAUAACGUUGUAUCUAUUUUGUGUUGUGAUAACAUUGGCCACGAGUAAAUUCAAUAAGUUUAUUCUUAUUUUAUUUUAAUUAAUCUUCUUUAAACCUGUGCUCAUUUAUAAUAA